AUGUCAACCGAACAUCAACAUGCCACCGUCAGUGGUGACAAACAACCUACUGCUCAGGAUAUCUCCGAGCAGCCAGAGUCACCACCAAGCCAGACCUCAGACGACAUGGAGUCCGAGGACCACAGCAUAGCCAACAUCGAGCGAAUCUACAGGUCGGCUCAAUUCACAUCCCCCAAACCAGGCCAUACAAAAUCUAAUCCCAAACACAGAAAACUGGACCGCCGGAUCAUCUCCGCAUUCUGGAUCCUCUACUUCCUCUGUUCAGCCAUCCGGUCCAACGUAGGCCUGGCACAAACAAUGAACACAGACUCCGGCCACGACCUCGCCAGCGUCCUAAACCUAACCCGCCACGAGAUCUCAACCGGUCUAGCCCUGUUCUACGUCUGCUACGUGAUCUUCGAUCUCCCCUCAAACCUGAUAAUGACCCGCCUCAGUCCCCACGUCUGGAUGAGCCGGAUCGUAAUCAGCGUAGGCGUAAUCGGAAGCUGUCUCGCCGCAAUGAAAGCAGCCUGGAGUUUCUACCUCCUCCGCCUCCUCCUCGGUAUCGUCACCGCAGGCAUGUGGCCCGGCAUGACAUACUACCUAACCCUCUUCUACCCGCCCUCCCGCAUCGGCAAACGCAUAGGCCAGUACUUCACAGCCUCGCAAGUCUCCGCCGCGGUAGUCGGCCUCGUCUCAGCCGGGUUCCAGAAAAUGGACGGCGCCCGGGGCCUCGUCGGCUUCCAGUGGAUGUUCCUCGUCUACGGCGUCAUCACCGUCGCCCUGGGCUUCGCCCUGCUCUGGUGGCUCCCGGACCGGCCAACCGCACCGGGCGAGACCCCGCCCCAGCGAAGCCGGCUGAUGCGCUGGGUGCCGGCCACGAAGCCGGCGCUGCAGGGCAGCGAUGCGAUAGUGCACUACCACGAUAUGAAGCGCGUGUAUCACUCCUCUGCGUGGACGAUGCGGGAUCUGCUCUAUGUGCUUAUCGACUGGCGACUGUAUCCGCUGCUGAUUAUGUACUUUGGCGUUGUGGGCGUUGGGAUUGGAGUGCAGCUGUAUGCGAAUUUGAUUAUCAAGGCCAUUGACCCGACGCUGAGUGAUGUGGAAUUGAGUCUGUUGACGGCGCCGAUUUGGAUUAUGGAUCUCAUCGCCAUUCUUCUGGUGACACCUUUCUCAGACCGCUUCCAUCGCCACCGCGCAAUCUUCUUCUCUGUCCCUGUUCUCCUGCAGAUCCUCGGCCUGCUACUCACCAGCUACGCGGGUUCCGACGCAAACCCCUGGCCGCGGUACGGCGGUCUCCUGAUCGUCGGAUUCGGACUCGGCCCAACCGUGCCAAUCACGAUGACCUGGACGACGGAGGUUUUCCAACCGCGCCACGGCGAGGUCGGCGUUGCCGCUGCGUCGGCAGUUGUCUCCGGGCUGGGCAAUCUGGGCAGUAUCCUGACGACGUAUGCGCUGUAUUCCGGGUGGCAGAGCGACUACGAGGCUCCUGGCCGGCAGAAGUAUCGUAAGAGUAACCUCGUGAUGAUUGGGAUUCUGGCGGGGAGUAUUCUCUUUGCGGCGGUGAUGGAGAUUAUGUUGCGGCUUGUGGAUGGGCGGUAUCGGGAUGGGGAGGGGGCGGUUGAUGGUGCUGGGAGACGGGAGGUGCGGCAGCGUGGAUUGGAUGGGUUGGGGGGUGGUGUUAGGCGGUGGUUGGAGAGAGGGAAGAGGAUUGUGCGGUAG